CUUGUACAAGCAUCACGACAACAUCAUUCGCGCCAGCAUCUGGCAACUGGCCUCACAGCUGGGGCCCUUUGAGCUUGUUCCACGAAUCCUAUCGUGUUAAAGGCGGCAAUCAUCAUGGACAGCCCCUCGCCGGCUUCAGGCCGGGCCCAGCCCGAGAUGGCUCAGGUCUCCUUUCACAUCCCGGUCGCCGCCCGCAGGAGCUCACGGCACGGCUCCUCGUCGACAUCGGACCAUCAGACGCUCCCUGACGACAUGAACCCGCCGCAGCGAGCACCGCCGGAGAUGCCACCCGAGUACAUUACGCCCGACGUGCGCAACGCGAUCCGGACUAUGAACGCACGCUUCGACUGGAUCUCGCCCUCAGACCCAGACAACCCGCGCAACUUCUCCUUCACUUACCGCGUCUUCAGCACCGUCGCCAUCACGUCCCUCGCCACCGUCGCCACCGUCGCCGGCGCCAUGUACGCGCCCGCGCAAGACGACGUCGCCGCCUACUUCGGCUGCAGCCACGAGGUCGCCGUCCUGCCCCUGAGCAUGUACAACCUCGGCCUCGCCUUCGGCCCCCUCGUCGGCGCGCCCCUGUCCGAGACGUACGGCCGCAAGGCCGUCUUCCUCUUCACCGCGCCCGUCUUCGCGGCGUUUACGCUCGGUGCCGGCUUCUGCGAUGGCGUGGUCGCGCUCAUCGUGUGCCGCUUCUUCGCCGGCGUCUUCUCCUCGUCGCUCAUCAACAACGCCCCCGCCACCAUCAUCGAGUCCUCCGACGGGAGCUUUCGCGGCGCCGCCCUCGGCAUCUACUACACGCUGCCGUCGUUUGGCGCCUCUCUUGGCCCCCUCAUGGGCGGCUUCAUCGUCUCGGCGUCGAGCUGGCGGUGGACCCAAUGGGCUUCAGUCAUUCUGGCGCUCGCCUGCUACAUCCCCGUGUGCUUCACCCGUGAGACCUACAAGAAGGUCAUCCUCCGCCGGCGGGCCUUUCGCAUGGGCCUGGACACGUCCUCUCAGCGCACCUCACCGGGUCGUGCGUUUCGGUACUUUGCAACUGUCCUGAUCCAGCGGCCCAUUCACAUGCUCUUUACCGAGCCCAUCGUCACGCUCGUGAGCUUGUACAACGGUUUCCUCUACGGUCUGCUCUAUACAUUCGUCAUUGCUGUGCCCUGGAUCUUUGGCGAGUACUACCAGUUCAACAAGACCAGUGAGGCGCUAUCUUUCAUCGGGCUCAUGGUUGGCACACUCGCGGCUUCACCACCUCUGGUGCUUAUCGAUCUCAAGUACUACCAAAAGCGGCUCGCUGCGUGGCGUUCAACGCAUCCUCCCGAUGAGGACGGUGUCGAGGAGCCCCUGCCGUCAGAGCAUCGUCUCAUAGGCGCCAUGAUUGGCAGUAUCCUACUCCCGUCCAGCCUGUUCCUCGUGGCGUGGACCGCACAGUAUCGUAUCCACUGGAUAGUGCCCAUGAUCUUCCAGGGCGCCGUCAUGCUGAGCUCCUUGCUGGUCUACGCGAGCGCCAACCUCUUCAUGCUAGACGCUUACGGCCCGUUGUACGGCGCGUCAGCUUCGGGUGGCAUGAUGCUUACUCGCUAUCUCUUUAGCGCGGCAUUCCCGUUGUUUGCCUUGCAAAUGUACAAAGCAUUGGGUGUUGGAUGGGCCACGAGCGUAUUAGGCUUCGUUACGGUUGCCAUGGCACCAAUCCCAUGGGCGUUUUGGAAAUAUGGAGAGCAGUUGCGUCGCAGGAGCAAGUACGAGCGGAGUUCAUAGAAUCAUCGGGCAUAAGCUCUGUGUAGGUUUUGUAGAGAUCGCCGCUUUCCCCAUCAUCUAUCCGUGGCAAUCCACGGCCUCAAGCCGAG